UUUAAGCCCUAUAGGAUUAUAUAACUUGCUGCGGUCAUGCGGCCAUGGGAUGGGAGAAAGGAGAGAGACGAAGCCUGCGUAGUGGGAUCCCUUGCAAAUUUAUAUUUUGGGCAAGAGUAUUUUGGUAUUUUUAAUCCUAUUACAUCAUGCCGCGCAUUUCCCAUCAGAGAAGCCUCCGUCCUAGACUUGCGAGCCGCAUUCAGGCGGAACCAGCUUACCUCAAGGCAGCUCCUCCAGUUCUACGUCGAAGAAAUCCAGCGACUCAACCCUGUUGUCAGAGGCGUUAUCGACCAAGCAGAUUUGGCAGAUGAGCAGCGAAGAGUUAAGUCGCCGGCCUCGCUUUAUCCGCUCCAUGGCAUUCCUGUUCUACUAAAAGACAACAUCGCAACCAAGGAUGAGCUCAACACCACAGCCGGCUCCUUCGCGUUGCUCAAAUCUGUGGUGCCCAAAGACGCAGGCGUUGUGACGAAGCUGAGGAAAGCCGGCGUGAUUAUACUGGGAAAGGCUAGCUUGAGCGAGUGGGCGAAUUUCCGAUCGCUCAAUGCGCCAAAUGGUUGGAGCGGCAGAGGCGGCCAGGGAAAGAAUCCAUACGUUCUUUCAGCAGAUCCAUGUGGUUCAAGCAGCGGAUCAGCCAUAUCCGUGGCCUCAAAUAUGGUGGCAGUUUCUCUAGGAACUGAGACUGAUGGCUCCAUCCUUUGCCCGGCAAGUUUUAAUGCAGUAGUAGGCAUCAAACCAACCGUCGGUCUCACCAGCCGUGCCGGUGUCAUCCCAAUUUCUCCAAGACAGGACACUAUAGGGCCCAUUUGCAGAACAGUCGCGGAUGCUGUUUACGUACUCGAUGCCAUAGUAGGCUUUGACAACGAUGAUGCUGAAGCAACAGGAGCAGCAUCAAUGUAUAUCCCAAAAGGUGGCUAUAAGCGGUUUCUCAACGCGGAUGGGCUUAAAGGAAAGAGGUUAGGGAUUGUAAGAAACCCCUUCUUGGAUUCCUACGGCUCUGCUCUUUCCAGAGUUUUUGAGAACCAUUUCCAAACAUUAAGGCAAAAAGGCGCAAUCUUGGUGGACCAUUUGGAAAUAGCUAACAUCGAUGGGAUCUUGAAUGACACCGCAAGUGGUGAAGCGGCAGCAUUAGUAGCUGAGUUCAAACUGUCUUUAAACGCCUACCUGAAAAAGUUGGAGGCGUCGCCGGUGAGAUCGUUGGCAGAGGUGAUCGCCUUCAACCGGGAAAAUGCCGACUUGGAGAAGAUCAAAGAAUUCAGACAGGACAUGUUUCUGGCAGCCGAAGCCACAAACGGGAUUGGAAACACUGAGAAGAGUGCUCUGCAGAAUUUGCAGAGACUAACGGAAGAAGGAUUUGAGAAACUGAUGAAAGAGAAUAAGUUGGACGCAUUGGUGACACCUGGUCCAAGUGCAGCCCCUGUUCUGGCAAUUGGGGGAUUUCCGGGAAUCAGCGUGCCGGCUGGAUUUGAUCAAAGCGGGGUGCCUUUUGGCAUCUGUUUCGGGGGACUCAAGGGUUCGGAGCCCAAAUUGAUAGAGAUUGGUUAUGGAUUUGAGCAGGCCACUAAGAUUAGGAAGCUUCCAUCUUUCAAGCCUUGAAGCUAGCUAGCUCUAGCUCUCUGAAAAACCAUCAUCAAUGAAGACGGAUGGACAAUGUAGGUGUAGUGGUUUGGUGAAUGGUGAACGGUGAUUACCCUUGUGGUUUUACUAAUCAGUAAUCAGUUGCUAAUUUGCAGUUGCAUGCAUUUA